GAGAGAAUUUCUAGAGCAGAUUUACGACGUUGCAGCCGCUUCUGCAUCAACCACAUUCUUCUAGUGCACAUCUCCUACAAGUUUGUCUUUAUCGAUUCUUGCUUUCCUUUUCUAAAUCAUUUCGUCCACUUUCAUCAUGUACCACCACAUUCGCCCAAGUGUGGAUCCGGUAGGAUUCCCCACCCUCGCCAAGCAAAUGGAGGAGGUGGUGACCCGCAUGAAGCAGGAGGCCGCGGACUCACAUUGCGAAGACACCGUUGAAAGCGUCGACCAACCCAUCUGGCGCGUGGCGGUGUGCCCACACGACGACUACACCUACGUCGGACGCUACUACAUGAGUUUGCUGCGCCACAUAAAGGCGAAUACGGUCUUUUUAUUCGGUGUUGCACACAAGGCGCGGCUGCUGCACCUCGAGAACGACCUCCUCUUCGACGCCUACGAUGCGUGGGCGAUGCCCUACGGACCAACCAAGGUCUCGAAGCUGCGUGACGAGCUGAUGGCGGAGCUGCCGAAGGACGUGUACCAGGUGCACGAGGAGAUGCAGAAAAUCGAGCACUCCAUCGAGGCUAUCGUCCCAUUCUUGCAGCACUACAACCGGGACGUCGAGAUUGUGCCCAUCGUGGUGCCCUAUAUGUCUUUUAAUCGUAUGCAGCACAUUGCGUCUUUGCUGGGGAAGGCAAUGGCCAAGGUGACGGGCGCGCACGGUAUGCAGUGGGGCACCGACUUCGCUGUUGUCAUCUCUACCGACGCCGUGCACUACGGUGACGAAGAUUGGGGACCAGGCAGGCAACACUGCGACUUUGGCGUGGAUCAGAAAGGCUACGAGCUGGCCGUGCAGCACGAGCACCGCAUCAUCGACGAUUGCCUGACUGGCGUCUUGACGACGGAGAAGAUGAAGGCAUUUACAAAGUACACCGUCAGCGACGAGGACUAUCGGGAGUACAAGUGGACAUGGUGUGGACGUUACUCGGUCCCAUGUGGGCUGCUGACGUCCUUCUACCUGCAGGACGCGCUGAAAGCUCCUCCGCUGACGGGCAAGCUUGUGUCGUACGGCACCAGCAUCGAUGGACGUGAGCACAUUCCCGUCAAAGACAUUGGCCUGGGCACGACGGCUAUCGCCACGCUGCGGCACUGGGUCGGGUACGCCAGCGUUGGGUACGAGUAA